CGAAUGAACGGUCCCAGCGCUCAGUCGUAAUAAUCGUUGCAGUUUAGCCAACUGUGUUGGAGGUAUACAUGUGAAAACAAACCCAGCUCUCCAGAGGGAACACUGCACCGUGUGCGCAGGAGAAAACGAAAGAACGAGAAAGAAGAUAUAAACAGGUCUUACACUAUUGGAAGUCAGCUCGAGGCAGCGCAGCACACCUGUUUGUUAUUUGGUGGAUGGAAGGUGGUUAUUUCAGUGCAGGGGAAAAGCGUGCCAGGUGAAAAUGCAUAUUUAAUCAAAGCAAUUAAAAACCUACGAGUUUGCAUUUUAAUAGCAGUGAAAGGGGUUUGUGACAACGGAAUAUCGGUGUGGCCAACGGAAACGUGACAAAAUUUUUCACGAUCAGUGACGAAGAGUGCGUACGGGUUUAGAAAACUGCGCUUCAAAAAUAGAUCUCAUCCAAUACAGGCUGAAGAUCUCCAAGGAGCGGACGAGCGCAACAACAGUAAAGGCGUGUGCAUUGGGAAUUGUUUAGGGUGCGAGGAGAGGCAGCGAGAGAGAUCGCAAGAUUCCCGUUUUGUUUUGAGAGUGGUGCGGUGCAAAAGUGUCACACUAGUAAGUGGCGGAGUGUAGUUUUGAAGUCGCGGGAAGAGAAAGUUUCCUAUAAGUGUAGUCGAAGAGCCGCGUGGAACCGUAGCCAACAAUGAUGACCGAAACAGUGGUAACGGUGGAUCAGUCACAGGCAGCGCCGCCCAAUGCAACUCAACACGGCCAAGCCAAACCGGAUAACAGCCUGAACUGGAUAAAGUUCAACAUUCAAUACUUCCAGUCCAUCCCGGGGAUUUUGAAACUGGUGCAGCUGGUGUUCGGUAUCAUUUGUAUGGCCUGUGCGUCACCUGCCCUAAUCGGAGGCACACACUGGUUUCUGUUCGUCGUGGUCACAUCAUUCAUUGCCACCGUCCUGUGGAGUUUCGUGUACCUGCUCGGCAUUCGGGAAGUACUGAAUCUGCCAAUCAACUGGAUUCUGACGGAAUUGAUAAAUACGGGCAUUGCGACGUUCCUGUACCUGAUUGCGUUUAUUGUGCAGUUGGCAUCGUGGUCGAACUUGUACGGUUACUAUAGGAGUGCGAAUAUUGCUGCGGGGGUAUUCGGUCUGUUCAACUUCCUGGCGUACACGGCAGGAACCUACUUCCUCUACGUGGAACACAAAUCCAGCGGCGUGUAACCAGCAAAACGAUUGCGGCGCCACCAAAUUUCCAAGGACGUGACUACCUAGAAGGUUACAUCGAACACAGCUACAAAAUCACAAAACGCCAUCGUGUCAUCCGGGUAGACGGUGGACAUCGCGCAAAUUGUGCUAACAACAUCUACUUAGCGUUUAGAUGACAAACGGCCCUUCCGAAUGUUGGGCUAGAUCGCAAUACGGGCUUCCAAGUACACUGCUGCUACUAACGGCUUUAUGCCUGGGUGGUUGAUUAAAAGCGAAUGCAAAAUACAAAGUCAUUUUUAACAUAAAAAGUACACACACAAACUAAAUCACAAAAGAAAACUGAGUAACAAACAAAUUCGUGCAUUUCACAGUGUAGGCUCUGAACGUUAGACAUGUAUUCUUAUAUUUUCUUUAGCGCAAUCUUCUCUGUAAUCGUCUCAGCAGUCGAACACAGUUCCACACCAAAAAUUUACGUUCACAGCCUUCCUAAAGCGUUCUUAAAGCCAUUUGCAGACUAGGUUAUUGAAAAUUAGUUGAAAGUCGAAAUGUUUUCUUGCGUUAAAAAUUAUAAAUUAUUGAUUUGAAAGAGUUAUAAAACUAGCGUUAUGUAGGAGGCUUCAUUUUACAAUAUCUAACCUUCAUGUCGUGACAACACUGGAAAAGAUAGAAGGAGUCUACAGUAAGUUAACCUUAAACCAUCUUUAGCAGCGUAUCUGGUCGAGAGGAGAUAAAUCGAACAUUAACUAUUGAUUACGAUACAUAUUUUAUAAUUUCGAUGAAUAAAUGAUUAUUUAUGUUAUGGAUGAAUGUUCA